GAGACGCAAACCACACAACACCAGCAGCAGCAAGACACAACAACGACAACCGUGGUGGCCUUUGCAGCGGAACGGAGGCGCUGCCGCUGGUGGCGUUGGUAUUGUAAACAUCAAAUAUUUUUAAGGAAAUUCUGAUGGCGGGGCAGUCGAGAAAAUGGAUGAUUCUGGUGGCCACAAUAUGGAUUCAGGCGUUUACAGGGACGAACUUCGAUUUCUCAUCGUAUUCGUCGUCGUUGAAGUUGGUGCUGGGAAUCUCGCAGGUGCAGUUGAAUUACCUGGCGACGGCGUCUGACCUUGGGAAGGUGUUGGGGUGGUCGUCGGGGCUGGCUCUCAUGUAUUCUCUGUGGGUGGUGCUGUUCAUGUCCGCCUUCAUGGGAUUUAUCGGUUACGGCAUGCAGUGGCUCGUCAUUCGCCAAAUCGUCUCCUUGCCUUAUUUCCUGAUAUUUCUUCUUUGUUUGUUGGCUGGGUGUAGCAUCUGUUGGUUCAACACCGUAUGCUUCGUUCUUUGCAUUCGGAACUUCCCAGCUAAUCAACCCUUAGCAAUAUCACUCACAGUAAGCUUCAAUGGCGUAAGUGCAGCCUUAUACAACCUUGCAGCCAGUGCAAUUGACUCAUCGUCUACUUCUUUAUUUCUAAUUUUGAAUGGUGUCAUUCCCCUUCUCACCUCUGCCGCUGCAUUGAUCCCUAUUCUCCGCCAACCCAGUCUAGACCCUCUCCCACCUGAUGGAGUCCGCCGUGACUCCCUCAUCUUUCUCCUUUUGAAUAUUUUAGCUGUUCUAACUGGUGUUUACCUUCUUCUCUUUGGUUCAACCUCAUUUGAUACAGCAACAGCUCGUCUCUUCUUAGGCGGUGCCAUUUUCCUACUCAUUUUCCCUCUGUGUAUACCUGGCAUUGUCUACGCUAGAGAUUGGUUUCGCCGUUCCCUUCAUUCUAGCAUCCGCCUUGAAGGCUCGGGCUUCGUUCUUAUUGAUGUUGAAGAUCUUGAGCUUCACAAAGAACUCCUUUCGCGUGAUAACAGUAUGAAUUACGGGAAUGCAUGUGUUGAUCACCUCUUCAACAACAAUGAAAGACCUCCUUCAACUUUGUCAUUUAGACAUAAGAGCGGAUAUCAGAGCACCGCAGGCUGUUGUGGGGCAAUUUUGGGCAAGGGUCAGUUGGCAAUGCUUGGGGAAGACCACACAGCAGGAGCACUUGUACGAAGGUUCGAUUUUUGGCUAUACUACGUAGCAUAUUUUUGUGGAGGUACUAUUGGUCUUGUGUACAGCAACAAUCUGGGGCAGAUAGCUCAAUCAUUAGGACAGAGCUCCAAGACUACAACACUUGUCACACUUUAUUCAUCAUUUUCAUUCUUCGGCCGGUUGCUUUCGGCUGCACCAGACUACAUACGUGCGAAGGUUUAUUUUGCUAGGACAGGAUGGUUGACAAUUGCACUUUUGCCAACCCCAGUGGCCUUCUUGUUGCUUGCUUCAUCAAGCAGUAGCUUCGCUUUGCACACAGGCACUGCAUUAAUAGGAUUGAGCUCCGGAUUCAUUUUCGCAGCUGCUGUUUCCAUCACAUCGGAGUUGUUCGGGCCCAACAGCGUAGGUGUUAACCACAACAUGCUUAUUACAAACAUACCAAUUGGUUCGCUCGUCUAUGGCCUUCUUGCAGCGAUCGUUUAUGAUUCAAAUGUGAGGUCUAACCUAAACAUCUUAAGGACUGAUUCGAUUGUGUGCAUGGGGAGGGACUGCUACUUCUUAACCUUUGUGGGGUGGGCUUGCAUAUCUGUUCUUGGGCUAGGUUCAAGUGUACUGUUAUUCUUAAGAACCCGACAUGCGUAUGAUCAUUUCGAACAUAACCGUUCAACGCAACUCUACUAACAUGGAACAUUGUUGGAGGCAGAAGAAAACACAUUCCUUAGUUUAUUGCUAAAUUUUGGAGGGAGAGAAGAAGCGUCCUUUGCGGCAAAAAGUUUGAUUGUCGACGGAAUCAACAAGGCAGUUCUUAGUCUACCUAAUCUGGGGGUGUAUUGAUGAUGACGACAACACUAUUGAGGGAAUACUUCAACAACUAUUGGUUAACCAAGAAAUAGAUUACGGUUUAGCAUGUUGCAUUUGUAUUACAAUAUCUUAGAUGCUUGAAGCUAUUCGUUACGCCGACAUAUAAUUAGGUUUCUCGUUUGUAUAUUAUUUCUCAUUUCUUUUU